CAGUUCACGUAACACAUCCCGGCAGCUCAGUCAUGGAGUUGCUGUGGGAGAAGAAGCAUUGUACCACUUCAUGGGACAACUGCUCAAGUGCUUAGUAUUAUUUCCAAGACGUUUUUAGGCCUUAAAAUGGACCAAUUCUGCGAGAAGUGUACCUGAAAACGUUUAUUAGUGUAUUGAAGAUGUAUUUAACUUUAGUGAAUAAAUUUCGACUUGGGUUGUGUACGAGUGUAUAUCCUGCGAUGUUCUGUGAUAUGACCUUAGUCAUAAUAUAAUAUAAUGUACAAUACUCUUAAAAAUACAUCAAUAUAACCACUUGUACGAUACUAUACAUUCACGUUCAUAUUAGAUGUAUAAUAAUGACAUAAAAAUAUAACUAAAUACAAGAUAAACUCCUAAGAUAUACCACACACGUCUUCUGGAUUCAAGAUGGGACACUUCAAACUUUCUCGAGUCGUCAUAAUAACUUCCACACUGUUGUUCUGCUCGUGUUUCUUCCUUGUCCUGCAAUCUGCCAACCACCACGGCGAUAAUUUAAUGCGAAAACCCCAAAUCGUCUUAAAUUCGCUAUAUAAUUUGUCGUAUGGCAUCGUGCAGCGGGAAGACAGGACCCAGCUAUCAAUUUCCAAUCUGAAAGAAAACAUGAAAAAAGGAACAAGUUCUCGUUUGGAUCAUGCAUUGAAGGAAGAUAAGAAAGACGUAACUUGGACUGAAAGAAUGAAAGAAAAACUGAAAAAUGACCAGAAAAUAGGAUCUGCUGGCAGUGAAUCCCACACCAAGGAGUCCUGGACACCCAAGACCAACCUACUGCCUCCCGGAGUGACUUGGCAGGAAUUCAGGACCUUCUUUCAACAGCAGGGUGAAGAUGGGGUCAAGUCGAGAAUGAGGGUGAAGGAGGUGUGUGAGCUGUACCAGGAAGGCGUCUUGGAUGACCCUCCCAAUGCCGCCUCUUACAGUAGAAUCUACCAACACCUUCUUCACCAUCCAAGAUAUCGACUCGUUUAUUGUCCAGUGUGGAAGUCUAUGUCCACCUCCUGGGACGAAUACUUCCUGCAGAUGGACCAAGAGGAGGAAGACACAACCACCAACGAAGUAAACACCUCCAGCGAACACCAGACCAGCGACCGUCUCUCAAAACAUAACGAGAUGAGCGGCAGCGUGAAGCGAGAGGCCAGAGGUCGGUUCCAGUUACCACUGAAGAAAAAGCGUGCUAGGGGCGUGAUCAGAGACUCCCGGUGUGUUGUGAUGAUCGUCAGGCACCCGCUUCAGAGACUCGUUUCAGCCUAUAGGGACAAGAUGAUGGCUCGCAACUCCACCGUCAGGGACUACCUUUACCUGAGGACCAUUAUUAAACACAGGUAUCGCAGCAUCACGAACAGCAACAACGCCGCCAGCACCACCACCACCUCACCGUCUUUCUCAGAGUUCGUGGACUUUGUGCUGGACGAGUGGCGGUCCUCUGAUCCCAGACCUGCCACCUGGCGGGAGUGGUCGAGGGACUGGCACCCUAUAUACUACCUGUGUCAUCCUUGCUUAAUUAAUUAUACUCAUAUACUCAGAUACGAGACCUACAACAUGGAUCUGAAGGAGUUCCGUCAGCAGUGCAAGUUAGAGGGGGUGAGGCUGGAGGGCACACAUCACCACCAACUAGGGAACACGUCCUCCUCACAGGUGGAACAGGACCUCUACGGCCAGCUGACUCACUCCCAGAUCUUACAACUCGCCCAGGUCUACUUCAUCGACUUGGUCAUGUUUGGCUACAACGUGACUAAGUACCUCCAGUUCGCCAGACCAGAUUGAAAGGCGAUAAACACGGUGUUAUUCUUACACCUUUGAUAGACCAGAUUAUAAGUGUCUUAUACGCUCCACUUCAUUAGACUGAUUACAAAUAGACUUAAAGGUGGCGAAUGGGACGCCACUUUUAGUUAUAACUUGGCUAGUUCUCUCCACUUUGCCAUAACUACCAUAAUUUAAAUGGUAUCUGAAUAAAAUACAAUACUAACUAUCGUCAAUUCGCUCUAUUGCAAAAAGUGAACUAAAUAUUUAGCUAUAAACCAAUUUAAUACCUCCAUUAUAAAGUAAACGUUUUAUUUCUAACAGCAAACUAAAAGGAACAGGAUAAUAGGCCUACAUGAGGUUGACAUAGGCCUAUUUGUGGAGCGACUGUAGACGUCAUGUUUGUUUUUGAAUGUCAAAAAAACAAACCUCAAUUACAUUAUUUUAUAACAA